AUGGUGGGUUUCCACAGUUGGGCGACUAUCAUCGCCAAUCUGUUGGUGCCCGUAGGCAUACUGAUCUUCUCCUCGGGAUUCUUUCCAUAUAAACCCUUGAUUCCUGGACUAGCCACCUUUGAAGAAACAGAAGAUGCAGCACCGGCAGUGUUUGAAAAGGUCAUUUUCAUGGUGGUGGAUGCAUUGCGGAGUGACUUUGUAUAUUCAAAUGACUCUGGAUUCUUGUUUACGCAAAGCUUGAUCCGAUCUGGUGCUGCAUUGCCAUUUACGGCCUAUGCGGGCUCUCCAACGGUCACAAUGCCGCGCCUAAAGGCCAUAACCACUGGCUCAGUUCCGUCUUUCUUAGAUGUGAUUCUCAAUAUUGCAGAGUCAGAUACUUCCUCAACAUUAGCCUUUCAAGACACAUGGUUGGCGCAGUUAAAAGCAAGAGGGAAACGACUGGUAAUGUACGGAGACGACACCUGGCUCAAACUCUUCCCGGGCAUGUUUGACCGGUCUGAUGGAACUACAAGCUUCUUUGUGUCGGACUUCACGGAAGUAGACCAUAAUGUGACUCGGCAUGUUCCUGCUGAACUCGCUCAAAGCGAUUGGUCUGCUUUUAUCAUGCAUUACUUGGGUUUGGAUCAUAUAGGCCAUAAGGCCGGUCCCAAAAGUUCCUUCAUGGUCCCGAAGCAGCAGGAGAUGGAUUCUGUGGUGACGGAGAUAUACACGGCCAUGCAGAACGAACAACAUCUCCAAUCUACUCUUUUCGUACUGUGUGGAGACCACGGCAUGAAUGAUGCUGGAAACCACGGCGGAUCCUCGGCCGGAGAGACUUCACCUGCCUUGGUAUUUAUCUCGCCCAAAUUCCAGGCUCUGAGUACACGAAGAGAAAGUCCAGUGGAACCAUUCGAUGAUCUGCAAUACUAUCGAACAGUUGAGCAAGCAGACAUUACUCCAACACUAGCAGUACUUCUUGGACUCCCCAUUCCCUUGAACAGCUUAGGUGUUUUCAUCCCUGAGUUCUUGGAAAUGUGGGAACAUGGCUCUCACAAGCUCCAGAUUCUAUUACAAAAUGCCAAACAGCUGCUGAACACCGUCCAAACAACAUUUCCAGGGACGCGAUUUGGCCCCGAGGGCAUUGAGUCUUGUGCAUCUAAGGCCGAAUCAGGAAUUGAGGCUGCUCAAUGUGCAUGGGCUCGAUACCUCAAUCUUGUAUCUGAUGGGGCUGACCCCGAAGGUUCCUAUUCCACCACAAGUCCGAUUCUGCUACAGUUCUCCGAAAUUGCUCAGGACAUAAUGAGUCGCACUGCCAGCAACUAUAAUAUUUUUAGGCUUUGCCUAGGCUUGUUUAUCACUGGAAUUGCUGCGUUGACGGUGCUUCCUGCCACUUACGCACAAUGCAUACGGUAUAGAUCUUCUGGAUUGUUCCUGGCGUUCAUGGUGAUCACCUAUGGGCUCAUGAUGUUUGCGAGCAGUUACGUGGAAGAAGAGCAACAAUUCUGGUAUUGGAUAUGUUCGGGAUGGGUGUUCUACUUGCAUAUCAGAUCACAAUCUCCAAGUUCGGGCUCCCAUAAACGCAUGCAAUCAUCAAAGUUCUGGUCUGCAGGUGGUAUCAUGAUUGUAUUUGCAAUCACGCAGAGACUAUUGCGACGAUGGAACCAAACUGGACAGAAGUUUGCAGCUGAGCCUGAUAUUGCUCGAACAUUUUUCCCACGCAAUCCCGAUAUCUUCUGGGGUCUUCUCAUUCUCGCUUAUGCAGAUGCCGGUGCUCACCUUCUGCGAAAUUUCCCAUUGUCUGGACUGCCCCGGCUAGGUGCAUUGCCUCUUGCUGUCUUGGCCUUUACGUUCAAGCUGCAUUUUGUGGCAUCGGAGUCUCCCGAGCUACUUGAUAGGGCUUUCAUCUCCUGGAUUGUGAGGAAAUGGCCCUACAGUAUUUCAUUGGUCUUGCAUGCUAGGAUAGUCUUUUAUGGACUUGGUGCUGUCAUUAUGGUGGCGCUAUUGUCUAGAAUGACAGCAAAAAGGGCCCGGACAUCACCUCAGAUUAUUCAUGAAGUAUUGCACAUCUUCUUAAUGACACAAUCACGAGCGACAAAUGUCCCAUUGUUCUUGAUUUUCCAAGUGCAGGCCAGCGUUCUCUCUACUAUGAACCUCACAGGAAACGAAGUGACCAUCACUACCUUGAUAUUCCAGUAUAUGACAUUCUUCGCAUUUGGUGGUUCGAAUGCAAUUUCUUCAGUGGACCUUGCUAGUGCCUACAACGGCGUUGGCAGCUAUAGCGUGGUGCUAGUGGGUGUUCUCACCUUUGUGAGCAACUGGGCAGGUCCGAUCUGGUGGGCUUCACAGAGCUAUCGUCUUCGACCAAAAAAUUCCGAACAAGACCAUCGCGUAUUGCUGACCUUCCAUAUUGCGAUGUCGUUGGUCUCGGUCAUGGCUGCCUGUACUGCGUUACGGACCCAUCUCUUCAUCUGGACCGUCUUCUCCCCCAAGUAUCUUUACAGUAUGGCAUGGGCAACUGCCAAUCAUGCUGGCGUAAAUCUUCUUGGUGAGCUUCUGUUCUCA